AUGAUGCACCCAGCGAGACAGGCCUAUGUGGAAGAGGCAGAGGAGAUGGAUACGGGCAUCAAUCUAGCUGAUUUGCCUGUUGACCGCGACUAUGUGAUACCCUCGUCCGCGGCCGGUAUUCCGGCAGAGAAAGCAUCUGCGAUUAUUUCCCAGUUUGAACGCAAACGAAGAGCCGCUGCCAUGGCAGUACCGACGGAUGAUACUCGAGUCCGCGCACGAUUGCGAGAGCUUGGAGAGCCCAUCACACUAUUCGGAGAAGGGCCAGCGGACAGGCGAGAUCGACUGCGAGAGCUGUUGACGGACAUCGCAGAGAAGCAGGAAGCGGCGGCAGCGGAGGAUAUCGAAAUGGCGGAGGCGGGAGGAGAGGAGGACGAAGGAGAGCAGCAAGAGGAGUUUUACACAGAAGGCUCCGAUGAGCUUUUGAAGGCACGAAAAGCAAUUGCGCGGUUUUCCCUGCCGCGCGCUAAAGCCCGCGUUGCGCGACAACGAGAGGAAUCGACGAUACCGCUGCGAACACACAUCAAGCAUCGCAAGGCGAUCAAGGAAAAGUUACAUAACUUCGAUCUCUACGGGUCUCAGAUUGCGGGCGAUCGGCCCGUCAGUAUUUGUCGGUUCGCGCCGGACGGACAGACAAUUGCGACUGGUAACUGGGGUGGUGGUAUCCGAUUGCUGGGCGUGCCGAAUCUGGAAGAGAAGCUUUCAGUCAAAGGUCAUACUGACCGAGUGGGUGGUUUGUCUUGGUUCCCCGGAGCUACGCUACCUGAGUCGAACGUAUCUGAGUCAGCUGUCAAUUUCGUGUCCGGAGGCGGGGAGGGUAAUGUGUGCUUAUGGUCUCUUGAUAAGGAUCAACCACUUGCUACACUUGAAGGCCAUUCCGGCCGGGUGUGCCGAACAGAGUUCCACCCGUCGGGGAAAUACAUCGCAUCAGCAUCUUAUGAUACAACGUGGCGACUAUGGGAUGUUGAGACAACGGCGGAGCUACAGCUACAGGAAGGCCAUUCACGGGAAGUCUAUACUGUCGCAUUCAACAAUGACGGUUCUCUCCUGGCGAGCGGUGGUCUGGACAGUAUUGGACGCGUCUGGGACCUCCGAACGGGCCGCACUGUCAUGAUCUUGGAGGGACAUAUCAGGGAGAUUUUCGGCCUAGACUGGGGAGUAGAUGGGUACCGAGUGCUUUCCGGGUCCGGUGACGGCUGGGUCAAGUGCUGGGACCUGCGUCAGGUGAAGAAUACAGGCGGAAUUGGAGCACACAAGAGCGUCGUUUCAGAUGUUCGAUGGUACAAGGGAUCGGAGUCUGCGUCCUUUUUGCCCACUACAGAAGGACAGCCCGGGCGGAUGGACGUUGACGGCGCCACGGCUCCAGUACAGCCCAGGAAAUCGGGAACGUUCUUUGUUAGCAGUGGCUUUGACAAGAACGUAAAUAUUUUCAGCGCAGAUGACUGGUCGCUUAUCAAGACAUUGAGCGGCCACUCUGGGAAUGUGCUGAGCGCUGAUAUUAGCAACAACGCGCAGUGGAUCGCGAGCUGUGGACAUGACCGUACAGUGAAGCUUUGGGGCAUUGAAUAG